AUGUGGACCACCUGUGCUGAGAGUGAGGGUGGGAGAAGUGUGACCGCCCCUCCUAAUAGACUAAGGUAUUACAUGGUGGCGUUUCCUGCAGUGAUAGAGUCUGGAUCUGAGGCUACACUGUGUACGAGUCUUCUGAAGCCUAAUGAGACUCUGCUAAUGACCAUUUACCUGCUUCACAACAAACAGAGCAGAACACUUCUACAGGAGAGAGUGGAGGAAGAAUUUCACCACUGCUCUCAGUUUAAGGCUCCACAGGUUGAGGGUGAAUCAGUGCAGGAGAUCAGAGUAGAAGUCAGAGAUAUUGUCACUGCAAUAAAUGGAACCAAACAGGAUAAUAAAGGUAACAGGAUUGGUCAGUGGACAAAUGUGUCCUCAACAGGCCUGAUAGUGCAGCUUUCUCAUGAACUGAAUCCUGAGGCUCCUGAGGGCCAUUAUAAACUGGAGGCUCACAUUGGGAAUAGAGAGACCAGACAUUACUUUAAGGUGAAGAAGUACAUUUUACCCAGGUUUGAGGUUACAGUGAAAACACCAGAGCAACAGAGUGUUGGAGAGGAGGAACUGAAGAUAGAGCUUUGUGCAAAGUACACUUAUGGACAGCCAGUACCUGGUAAAGCACUGGUGGAGGUGUGCAGAAAAUUUAUACAGGAGGUUGUCCCUAAGAUCUCACCAUGCCUGGAGGAAACAGUGCAAAUGAAUGAGACUGGCUGUGCCUCUGCUGUCUUCAACAUGUCAGCUUUCACUAGUCCUGAAUUUGAACAUGAUUUACAAAGUAAUCUUGAUGCUGCUGUUACAGUGACAGAGGAAGGAACAGACAUUUCCAUCAUAAAAUCCAAACACAUAGAGCUCUCUGAUGUAAUUUGUAAAGUUGAGUUUUUUGAUUUACCAAAAAACUUUGAACAUGGAUUGACCAACUUCAAAAUUAAUACGUCUGAUCACCCUUAAACAGAGAUUUGACUGCUGGUAUGGUAUGAUGACCAAAUAUUUUCAAAGAAUGUGUCUAUGCUGUUAUUUACUGAAACAAAACCCUGUCUCACUGUUUUCAAGGCAAGUGUCUAUCCAGAUGGUCUAUUUCACAGAUACGGAAGACCUUACCUUACAAACAAUGAAGCAAAUAUACCACUGCUCCAACCUGCUACACCUUAAGAGAGCUUAAAAGAACCGAUUCCAUGUGGUACUGAAAUUUCCAUAAACAUUAAGUACAACAUUGUUGGGGAAACCUCUGAGAAUUACAGCACUGAUAUUAUAUA